GCGGGCACUGACCUCCGUCGGCCAACAGAGAACCUUCCCCCGCCUAAAUUGGGCGGACGCUUCGGUCCUCAGUACGCGAACCCGCUACGGAAUCAUCCUAGGUGUGUUCUGAACACCUUCACUGAACCGUGUGUGCCUUUGGUCAACCACAACCUCACCCGACACAGACGGAACUACGGACGAAAUCACGCCGUCUGGACUACAAUCUUUACCCGGGAACCGACGGAAAUUUACCUGUUGGAAGAUUCAUACCUGUCCGUACAUGCUUCUUCAUGUGGAAACGUCUUGCCCAUUUUUCAAGUAUCAAAGUCUACACCUCCACGUGGACUAGACUGAAUUAGUGUACCAGGUUUAAUAGCAGAUCACCCAACACUCGGACCUGUCGUCUGCGCGCUGGUUUACCUCAACUCGCACCUGAUUCUUCUUCUCCAGUCCACCACCAGUAGAACAGAAAACAUGGCUGCCGUGGCUAGUAGCUGCUUCAACAGUCGUACUCGUAAUCCCACAAGAACUCUGAGCGGGCUAAUCACUCUCACAACCCUCCUCUUGAGCUACCAGGUCCCGAUAACUUUGCAGGGUUCCGCUAUGGGUACGGGCUACUACAGUGACAAUAUGGUCGGUUUCACCCCGCUACUUCCUCGAUCAGAGCGCAGACAGAUGCAGAGAGAGAUCCUGAGUUUGCUGGGGCUACAGCAGCGCCCACGACCACCCUCGGCAGGCAAGCAAAACUCAGCACCCAAGUUCAUGCUGGAUCUUUACAAGGAGGUUUCGAAGGGAGAGAAUGAGACAGGGAUUAUUUUUCACCCUGAUCUGCAGGAUUAUAACCUACAGGAGCCGUUUUAUAACUACAUCCGAGACAAGCAGGCGCUACAAGAUGCUGAUAUGGUCAUGAGCUUCGUCAACCACGUUGAGAACGACGGCUCUACCGGACAUCACCGGAGACAUGCCCGGAUGUUCCGGUUCGACAUGACCAAGGUCACGGAAGAUGACGUCAUGGCGACGUCAGCAGAGUUCCGGAUGUACAAGGAGAAAAAUGGCGGCGGCUACUCCAACAUGUCCUACACCGUUACCGUGUACAGGGUCAUGGGCGACGGCAAGAGCAGGGACCAAGAACUCCAGUAUCUGGACACGCUGUUCACGAUCUCAUCUCAGGAGGGGUGGCUGGUGUUUGACGUAACAGCCGCCCUAGGAGAGCCGCCGUACACCGAGCUGGUCUUACAUGUCUCCAUGGAGACACUGGAUGGCCACAGUGUAAACCUGCACCGUGGUGGGGUAAUCGGACGAAGGGGACCGGAGGAGAAGCGGCCCUUCGUCGUCGGUUUCUUCAAGUCCAGCGGUCAGCGUGCCCGGGUGCGGCGCACCCGUUCCGUGUCGGGCCGGAGGGGCAACAAGAACCGGCAGACGCAGUACUCGUCGUUCCACGGCGCCAUGGAUGUGGGCGGGGAGUUUAACUACCGCGGGCCGCACGUGUGCCAGCGGCGGAGCCUGUACGUCAGCUUCAGGGACCUCGGAUGGCAGGACUGGAUCAUCGCCCCUGACGGCUAUGCUGCCUACUACUGUUCCGGCGAGUGUUCCUUUCCUCUCAACGCGCUCAUGAACGCCACGAACCACGCCAUAGUCCAGACCCUGGUGCACCUCAUGAACCCACAACAUGUCCCCAAACCCUGCUGUGCACCUAUCAAGUUAUCAGCCAUUUCUGUGCUCUACUUUGAUGAAUCUUCCAACGUCAUUCUCAAGAAGUACAGAAACAUGGUCGUCAAGUCCUGUGGGUGCCACUGA